AUGAGCCUUCAAAAUAACGAGGCCGCAAAACCCUCAAGCGAUCCGUACUUCGACCUGGGAACGCUGGGUCGGACCGUCAGUACAGAAUCCCAGGAAGCGCAGAACUGGUUCGACCGCGCGCUUGUCUGGACAUACUGCUUCAACCACGAUGAGGCCAUCACCUGCUACAAACGCGCAAUCGCGCACGACGAGUCCUGCGCCAUGGCCUACUGGGGUGUAUCGUUCUGCUCUGGGUCCAACUAUAACAAGACCUGGGCGCUGUUCGAUGAACGGGACCGCGUGAAUGCCAUCAAGCAGUGUUAUGUUUAUUCGCAGGAGGCUCUAAGGCGCGCGGCGGAAAACAGUGACAGGCUGGAAGACUGGGAGCACGCGGUUAUUAAGGCUCUUGCGCUGCGGUUUCCUAAUGAUGAUCCGAGUAGAGACUUUCUUGCGUGUAGCAAGGCCUACGCCGAUGCUAUGAGAGAGGUGUAUACGAACCUUGGAAGAAACGACUUCGAUAUCAUUACGCUUUUCGCUGAUGCGUUGAUGAAUGUGGCUCCGCGGAAAUUGUACGACGCCCCAACGGGGCUUCCGAUAGAGUCGUCUCCUGUCUUCGAAGUGAAGGAGUUGCUUGAAGGGGCUCUGGAGAUGCCCGGGGUGGAACGGCAUCCGGGCCCUGCGCACAUGUAUAUCCAUCUGAUGGAAAUGUCGGCGACGCCUGAAGUUGCCCUUCCUGCUGCAGAGCUGAUCCGUGAGAUAUUUCCGGAUACGGGUCAUACAUUCCACAUGCCUGCUCAUAUCGAUGUUCUUGUUGGCGAUUACCGGCGCGCAGUCGAGUACAACUUCAAGGCGACCGUUGCGGAUGAUAAAUUCUUUCAACAGAAUGGCGGCCUGACGUUCUACAGCUAUUAUCGGCUUCAUGAUUACCACUCCCUGAUCUACGCCGCGAUGCUGGGUGGGAUGUCCAAGGCGGCAUUGUCGGCGACCGAUCGAAUGGAGGCAACAAUCACAGAGGAAAUCCUCCGGGUAGAAACACCUGCGCUGGCGGACUGGAUGGAGUUUUUCAAGGCCGUCAGAGUGCACGUCCUCAUUCGUUUCGGGAUGUGGGAUGAACUCAAGAAGCUCGACCCGCUCGAAGACAAGGAGCUCUACUGUGUCACCAAUGUAAUGAGACACUAUGGAAAAGGCAUUGCCUACGCCGCCACAUCGCAGCUGGAAGAUGCCGAUAAAGAGCGCGAGCUCUUCAAAGCCGCUUCCAAGUUUGUCCCUCCUACACGGCUUGACUUUCCCAACAAAAUCACCGAUAUCCUCAAGGUAGCAUCUGCCAUGCUGGAUGGCGAAAUCGAGUACAGACGAGGCGAUUACGACACCGCGUUCAGAAGUCUGCAGGACGCGAUUACUCUCGAAGAUGAGCUUCCAUUCGCAGAGCCAUGGGGAUGGAUGCUUCCAGCACGCCAUGCAUAUGCAGCUCUCUCCUUGGAACAGGGCAAGAUCGAGCAGGCUGCGCAAGCCUAUGCGGAGGAUCUAGGACUGAUCCCGACACCUAAGCGAGCACACCAGCAUCCGAAUAACGUUUGGGCUCUUCAUGGCUACCAUGAGUGCCUUGAGAUUCUGGGUCGUCAUGCAGAGGCGAGCACUAUUAAAAAACAGCUAGAUCUUGCUCUGAAGGAGGCAGAUGUUGAAGUCCCAUCUUCGUGUUUCUGUCGGCUUGGGAAUAUUUCUUGUAGUGGAGCGAAAGCGAAUGGCUGUCACGGAGCACAGUCACAUUGUCAGAAUUAG